ACUUCUGCCUCCCUCCGUUCCCCUUCCCAUGUCAUCAGAUGGCAGACUGCACCAGCACUGGCUACAAUUACACAUGUAAAUGUAAGCGUGGCUACAAAGGCAACGGAAUACAGUGCGAAGAUAUUAAUGAGUGUCUGGACCCCUCGGCCUGUCCCAGCGCCAAGUUUGAGUGUGUGAACAUGCCUGGAUCAGUGCGCUGCUCAUGCCGUUAUCAGAAGACCAGAGACUCUGACAGCUGUGGCAAGUGGCUUUAAGUUCAAAACUACUGUACACAGAUAACGGAUUGAAGAAAACAAGAUUUUGAAUCCUUCAAUCAGUUAAACCAAUUUCUACGUUACAUAAAUGACUGAUUUUGUUGAUUUUUUCUCUCUUUUCUUUUUAGGUGACUCUGCUAAUCCUACAGGAUGGAAUGUUUUUAACGUAUCCGUGAGCUGGGGAAAUCAGGCAUCUUCCUCGGGACUGAGUAAGCUGGAGGAGAUCCUGUCGAUGGGUUUCCAGAACAAGUUCUACAACGCCAGUGCUAUAGCUCCUGAUUCAUCCUCAGUGGGUGGGCAGAAUGAGUACAGGAUAAAUGUGUCCAGUGAUACGCCGCACUGGUAUGUCAUGGACUACCUGACCCGAGUCAGUCAGUACUACGGCAUCCGUUCAGCCUCUGUGGAAGACCUCAAUGAAUGCACAGCAAAAGAGGAUCCGUGUUCAAAAACAGCCCAAUGCGUCAACACCUACGGGGGAUACAGGUGUGUGUGCAACGGCACGGAUCUAAAGGAGGAUUCACAGCUGUGCAGUUUUGACUGGAACAACAUUAACCGGACAAACCUGAUGGGCGCUCAGACUGCGGAGGAUAAGAAGUCUUUAAUUUUGGGGCUGGUCCUGGGCAUUGGUAUCCCUCUCCUGCUGCUGCUGUUGCUGGCGGCGCUUGCCUGCUUCUGCUGCUGCUCACGAAAGAAAACCAUGUCUGGGGAUAUUCCUCAUCUGCUGCCCGAGUACAUUCAGGAGCAGUUCAACCCUCCGUUCAACUUUGACGACCCCUCUCUGCACUACAUCACCCACGUCAGCCCGCGUAUCCUUGAUAACCUCACUCCUCAACAGAAGCGUCGUGUACUGUAUCGAUAACGCAGGCCCUGUGUGGUUCGUGCAGCAUCAGUGCAGAUGUACAUUUGUGUUUAAAAAGAAAUCCCAGUAUGAUAUUAUUUAUAUUAAACAGAGACUGCUGACUUAUUCGCCAUGUGUGAAUAUGAAAAAACAUACAAGCAAUACAAGCAUGGAGCAAUCUGUGAGUAACAAGCUCUGUUGAAUUAUUAACUCUUGUGAAGAUAAUAUUGUAUAUAUACACAGUGUUCUCAUCAAAUUAACACAGUUAUCAGCUGACAUGCAUUAGUUGCAUUUCUGUAGCACUGGCCUUGAAAAACAAAUCUACUGUUUGCAGAUGUUUAUGUAAGAGGAGAAAAAUCUGAACAUCAGUCGCAGGCAUUGCUGGAAAUAUGGUUAAAUUUAGGGAAAUUAGGCACAUUUUAGGACUACUCAAUAAUAUAAAAGGUCUGAAUGCAUUUUACUAACCCAAAUCGUGGUAAAAAUGUGUAUUAAUGUUAUAAAAUAAUGUGAAAUACCACAGAAAUGGUUCUGUAGUACAUUUUGCUCUUAUUUUGGAGGUGAAAUGUGGCAUUCUGCAUGGAGUGUUUAAUUCUGCUCAGAAUUUUCUAAACAAGUCACUAUUAAACACUUUGUCCUAAAAUACUUAGCAAGGAUUAUGAUAU